AUGCGUUUGACAGCUCCACCAUUACUCAAAACCACGAUCAUUCAGUUGAACAAGGAUAUCGAUCCUGAGGACAAUAAUUAUGAAAUUCUCACCAACGGCUAUGGUGAUAACACGAACCGUGAAAUGGUUCCGACCAUUUCGUACGCUGAUGAGCAGCCACGCAAGAAGAGAAGAAGACUGUCAUCUUUGGUUGAUGAAGAAGAACUUGCUAAGCGGCGCCAUGAGACAAAACAGCUCCAUUCCGUGAUCGAGAAGCGCCGGCGCAUCAAAAUCAACCGAGAAUUCGAGGCUCUAAAGUACCUUAUCCCCGCGUGUCGUAGUGCUGACACCGGGAAGCGUCUGGGCACUGGAAACAACAAUGGCGCAAAGAUUGAUGGCAUGUAUAAAUUGACUAUCUUGAAGGCUGCCGUCGAAUAUAUCUUAUACUUGCACCACGUUGUGAAAGAACAACAUGACGCGUUAAGCCAAGUGCUGGAUGAGUACGACUACGAUGUGGGGUUCUGCGAUGCAGCACUCGAUGUGAAUCAGUACCGUAACAUUGAUCAUGAUUUUGACUUCUCUGAACUUGCAAUGACUGCACCGAUGGUACGCACCACAUCACUGCUGCGAAGCCGAUGUGAAACAGUUGCGGAGGUGAACGAGUUCGAACAAAACGAAGGGAGGCAGGCGCGCGCCAAGUCCGACACUGCUGCAUUCAUAGCACACAAGUCACAGAAGGCGCUGCUUCCUACCCCAGACGUCACGCCAGACAUGGCGCCCAUUUUCACACUUCUCGCGGAAAGUGAGGCCAAUGGCGGAGCUUCAUCUCGCGACAAUCUUUUGUCAACGCGGGCGUUCCUGUUUGAGUCUAGCUCACGUGGGUCCGUGUCUUCGAACACUUCGCCCUUCACAGUACCUAAUAAAUCACUGGUGAAGAGUACAUUUCACCUACCCGACGCUGCUCUUGCCAGUGCUGCUACUGGUCCAGCUUCGGUGGCUGGACCUCGCAAGAUGUUCUUCAAGACCAAGGUCCCUGCUACCAACACCAUUCAGCACGUGGGUGACACCGAGGAGGUCGAGCCCAGCCGUGUUGAGGAUGCCACACGUGCGUUGUUAACGCUCCGAAAACCCAGCAUCGACAAUCUCUUGAACUAG